CAAUUAAGCCCAAAACGAUUUCGAGAAAUAUAGACAAUUUUAGGUAAUCCUCACCAAAACCAAACCCUCACUCACUUUUUUAACAUUCAUCUCUCUUAGUUUCAUCUACAUCUCUCGAUCUCAAUUUCGAAAAUGGGUGAGCUUCUCGCUCUUGUUGAUCUACCUAACAAGAAGAUUAAUAUCAGAAUCAAUGGUAAAAUUGUAUUUGCGGCACCGUCUAGGCCUCUUGUGAUGCAGCAGAUUGAGGCGUGUCAUAAUAUUGUUGGAAUACCUCGAAUUAAGAUAUCAACAGUUCCAUGGAAAGAGCUUAACUUUCAAGUGCUAGGAUUGGGAAGCAAGAAAGAUGAGGCAGUAGAAGCGUCUGAAUCUGCGAAGAACUAUGCUUAUGACAAGGCUGGGUCCGCCUAUGACAAUGUGGGUUACGCCAAGGACUUUGCAUCAGACAAAGCCGGAUCUGCUUACGAUAGUGCUCAAAACGCAAAACAUUAUGCUUAUGAUAAGGCUGGUGAUGCAAAGGACAUGGCCUACGAUAAGACCGGUCAAGCUAAGGACAUGGCUUACGACAAAGCAGGAUCAGCCUAUGAAAAGGCCGGUCAAGCCAGGGACAUGGCCUACGACAAGGUGGGUCAAGCUAAAGACAUGGCUUCCGAAAAGGUGGGAUCAGCCUACGACAAGGUGGGUCAAGCCAAAGACAUGGCCUACGACAAGGUCAGUGAAGCCAAGGACAAAGCCUACGAGAAGGCGGGAUCAGCCUCUGACAUGGCCGGUCAAGCGAAAGAUAUGGCUUACGGCAAGGCCGGUCAAGCCAAGGACAUGGCUCACGAAAAUGCGGGAUCAGCUUAUGACAUGGCUGGUCAAGCCAAGGACAUGGCCUACGACAAAGCAGGAUCAGCCUCUGAGAAGGCUGGUCAAGCCAAAGACUUUGCCUACGACAAGGCAGGUCAUGCAAAAGACUCUGCCUAUGACAAAGCAGAGGAUGUGAUUAAAAUGGCUACGGAUAAGAGUGGUGAAGCUAAAGAUAAUGCGUAUGGAACAUACGAAAGAUUCAAAGAAGGGUCUAAGAAUGCUAAAGACAUGGCAUCGAAUAAAGCUCAGGAUGUUAGAGAAACUGUAGGGCGAGCGGUGGACUAUGCUAAAGACAAAGCAACUGAUGCAUACGAAUCGGGGAGCGAAGCAGCCGGAAGAUUCGACGAGGCAAUGCAUAAGGUUGGGGAGAGGUAUGGUGCAGCUAAAGAUUCUAUGUCGGAGAAGACAAAAGAAGCUUAUGAGAGUGCAAAGGAGAAAGCUUCUGAUGCUGCUGGAGAGUACGGCACAUAUGUGAGAGACCGUAGUGCUGAGCUAUAGAACCGAAGAGUUUAUACUACGCAUUUAGAUAAUCUCAUAAAGAUUAAUAUUACAU